AUUAUUUUAUUAAAUAAAAAUUAAAAGUCACUCAAAUAUCAGUUCAAAUAUUAAUGGGAUUUGUUUUAUUAUUAUUUUAUUAUAUAUAAAUAAUAUUUUAUUAUUUUAUUAAAUAAAAAUUAAAAGUCACCCAUAAAUUUCUCAAAAACCAAGAAUUUUAGUUAUAUAGGCACACUUUAUAUAGAAUAGAUAUAACAGAAGUGUAUACAGUACAUACAAUCCUAUCUUUCAAUAUCCACCUGCAUGGCCAAUUCAACUCAUACUCCUUUCCUCUCUCAACCCAACUCGGACGAGUCUUCCCAAUCUCCUCACCCUGAAGGUACUGAAGGGAAAUAUCUUCCAUCAUUGGAUUCAACCAUUGAAAACUGCAUCGGAAAAUUUUGCUGGGCUCAAUUUCUCCAAGCCAUCGUUGUCUCUUUUGCAUGGUUCUUUGAUGCUCAACAAACAUUCAUCUCAGUCUUCGCAGACGCUCAGCCAAUGUGGCAUUGUAAUACCAACAUUUCAUCAUCAUGCAAUAAUCCAAUCUCUGAUCUUUGCCACCUUCCCACGAAUUCAUGGGCUUGGGAUUUGCCUGAGCACACCUCCACCAUAUCCGAAUGGGGCUUACAGUGUGCAGGAUCCAUAAUUACCGGCAUGCCCGCCUCGGCCUUCUUCGUGGGGUGCCUUGUCGGCGGCCUUGUGCUUGCCACUCUUGCAGAUUCUUCCCUUGGUAGGAAGAAGAUGCUUUCCCUUACUUGUGUUGCUAUGGCUAUGUCCACACUCCUUACUGCUUUAGCCACCAACGUCUGGACAUACUCUGCGUUGCGACUAAUCAGUGGCUUCGGCCGUGCUACUAUAGGCACGUCCGCGCUUGUUCUGUCAACCGAGUUGGUUGGCAAGAAAUGGCGAGCUCAAGUAGGUGUCAUAGGUUUCUUGUGCUUCACGUUAGGGUUUCUAUCUUUACCCGCUCUUGCUUAUUUAAACAUUGGUUCAACAUGGAGAAAUCUGUACCUAUGGACAUCUAUUCCUACAAUCUUCUACUCUUUACUUGUUCACUACUUUGUUCUUGAAUCUCCAAGAUGGUUGUUCAUCAAAGGCCGAAAAGAAGAAGCCGUCGGAACCCUAAAAACAAUGGCUAAAGCAAACCAUGAAAGCUUCACCAUGAGCUUUUCAUACUUGCUUAUUGAAGAAGAAACAUGGAAUGUUGAUCUUUACUCAGCAAUCAAAAUUUUGAUAGAGAAAAAAUGGGCCCUUCGGCGACUCUCAGCCGUUAUGGCGAUCGGAUUCGGGGUCGGGUUGGUUUAUUACGGCAUGCCUUUAGCUCUUGGAAACUUAGCUUUCAAUCUCUACUUAAGUGUAACUUUCAACGCCUUGUCUGAGCUUCCAGCUUCACUUAUAGCUUUUCUAUUCGUAUCAAAGCUUAACCGCCGAACUUCAAUUUUGUUCUACACAAUCCUUAGUGGGAUUUGUAGUAUAAUGUCAGUAGUAAAAGGAGUAAAGAGCUAUACGACAAUACAAAUUGGGUUAGAAUUGGUGUCGUUUUUCAGUGCAUGCUCGGCAUUCAAUAUUUUGCUAAUUUUCACACUAGAGUUGUUCCCUACUUGUGUCCGUAACUCGGCGGUUUCGAUGGUUAGACAGGCACUAGUGCUGGGCGGAGUGUUCAGUCCGGUGUUGGCGGCGGCCGGUAGAGGAGAUGGGUUUGUGUCGUAUGGAGUGUUUGGUGUGGUGAUAAUUUGUUUUGGAUUAUUUGUCGUUUGUCUUCCGGAGACUAAAGGAGGUGUACUUUGUGAUACAAUGGAUGAAGAAGAGUACAAAGAAAGACAUCAAAACUACUUGUGCUAAUAAUGACGUAUAAGAUUCUCAUCAUCACUUGAAAAUAUAUCAUGACAGCAAUAAUUAAUGUUCCAGCUUUACAUAUAUAACAUUAUUAUAUAUACAGCUUGUAUAUAUUCCUGUAAUAUAUAUGAAUAUAUUAUGGCAUGUGUACGUUUAAAUUUAUUAUAACUAUGUAAUAAUAUUAAUAUUAUAUGUAUAUAUAUAUGUAUCAUGAAAAAGCUAAUAAAU